AUGACAAUUGGCCAAGUGAACGGCCGCGCUCGCAUAAAAUCCGAGUGCGGCAAGGAUCAGAAAUGCAUGCCACUCGAGGACAAAUGGCUUCUCGUUCCCGCGUUUUUGAAAGUUCGAGGACUCGUCAAACAGCAUCUCGUCAGUUUCGAUCAUUUCGUGCAGGAGGAGAUCCGAAGUAUCAUGCUCUCCAAUCAGAAGAUCACUUCCGAUGCAAAUCCAAACUUUUAUCUCAAAUAUUUGGAUAUUCGAAUCGGAAAACCCAGCAGUGAGGAGGGUCUCAACAUGACUCACGAUAAGAUUACCCCUCAAGAAUGUCGACUACGAGAUAUGACCUACUCGGCGCCAAUUUCAGUGGAUAUUGAGUACACACGUGGUAAUCAAAGAGUAUUCAAGAAGGAUCUGAUCAUUGGUCGAAUGCCGAUUAUGCUUCGUUCGAGUAAAUGUAUUCUCAGAGAUCUUGCCGAAGAAGAGCUUGCAAGAGUUCAAGAAUGCCCAUAUGAUCCAGGAGGUUAUUUUGUGGUCAAAGGAAGUGAAAAGGUUAUCCUGAUUCAAGAACAACUCUCCAAAAAUCGUAUUAUGGUUGGAAGAAAUUCAAGUAAAGAACUGCAGUGUGAAGUACUUUCGUCGACGUCCGAGAGGAAAAGUAAGACAUAUGUGACUAUGAAGAAGGGUAAAUAUUCUGUUCGCCACAAUCAGCUCACCGAUGAUGUACCAGUUUCCAUCAUUUUCAAGGCGAUGGGAGUCGAAUCAGAUUUUGACAUUGUGAGUACAAUCGGUCACGAGGAGAAGUACGUUUCAGCAUUUGCUCAAACUCUCGAAGAAUCCAUAAAUGCCGGAGUUUAUACCCAACAGCAGGCACUCGCAUAUGUUACCUCAAAAGUCAAGGCUCGUAAAUUCACACCAUUCGGAUCACUUCCAGGAACUUCAGUGAGCGUCUUGACUCCACCGAAAGAACACGAAGCAGUCGAUUUUCUGUCCAAUUCAAUGAUCACACAUAUUGCUUGCCCAGAUGGAAAUUUCAAAAUGAAGGCGAUUUAUUUGGGAUUAAUGACAAGACGACUGAUUCAAACGGAACUCGGAGAAAAUGGGCUUGAUGAUCGGGAUUUCUACGGAAAUAAACGUUUGGAGCUCGCUGGAUCAUUGCUUUCGUUGCUGUUUGAGGAUGUAUUCAAAAGAUUCAACUCUGAACUGAAAAGAAUUGCAGACAAUGCGUUGAUGAAGACAAUGGCUGCACCAUUGGAUAUUGUGAAGCAUAUGAGACAAGAUAUGAUUACGAAUACUAUAGUGAAUGCUAUGUCGACAGGAAAUUGGAUUAUCAAAAGAUUCCGAAUGGAACGACUUGGUGUUACACAAGUACUAAGUAGAUUGUCAUAUAUCUCAGCACUUGGUAUGAUGACAAGAAUCAACUCGACUUUUGAGAAAACUCGAAAAGUCUCUGGUCCUCGAUCCCUUCAACCAUCUCAAUGGGGAAUGCUUUGUCCGAGUGAUACUCCUGAAGGUGAAGCUUGUGGUCUUGUGAAGAAUCUCGCUUUGAUUAGUCACAUUACAACUGAUUCCGAUGAGAAACCCGUUCUCAGAUUGUUACUCAAUUCGGGAGUCGAGGAUUUACAUAAUGUGCAUUUCUCGCAUGUCAAUAAGCCUGAAAACACGUUGAUCUUCUUAAACGGAGUGCUCAUUGGAACAGCUGUGGAUCCAGAAAGAGUGGUGAAAGCCGUCAGAGAUUUGAGAAGAAGUGGACUCCUGUCAGAAUUUGUUUCAGUAUCCCGUUCUCUAACCAAUCGUUCUGUUUUCAUUUCAUCAGACGGUGGCCGCCUGUGUCGACCAUAUAUUAUUGUCAAAAACGGAACUCCAAUGCUCACACAGGCUCACGUGCAGGAACUGAAAGAGGGAAAAAUGAUUUUUGAGGAUUUUGUUGAUGACGGAAUUGUCGAAUAUUUGGAUGUAAAUGAGAUGAACGAUGCGUUGAUUGCCGUUUAUGGGAGAGAAAUUGGCCCAGAAACUACACAUUUGGAGAUUGAGCCAUUUACUCUUCUUGGAGUGUGUGCUGGUCUUAUUCCAUAUCCACAUCAUAAUCAAUCUCCACGUAAUACUUAUCAAUGUGCUAUGGGUAAACAAGCAAUGGGAACAAUUGCCUAUAAUCAACAGAAAAGAAUUGAUUCAAUUAUGUAUCUUUUAUGUUAUCCACAGAGACCACUCGUUAAGUCAAAGACAAUCGAACUGACAAACUUUGAAAAACUGCCGGCCGGCGCGAAUGGAAUCAUCGCAGUGAUGUCAUACAGUGGUUACGAUAUCGAAGAUGCUCUUGUGCUCAAUAAAGCUUCACUGGAUCGUGGUUAUGGUCGUUGUCUGGUCUACAAACAUGUGAAGGGAACCGCCAAAAAAUAUCCGAAUCAGACAUUCGAUCGUCUUCUAGGACCAGCAUUGGAUCCGAACACGAGAAAACCAAUUUUCAAGCACAAAAAUCUCGAUCAAGAGGGUAUUGUAUUCGCCGGAGCACGUAUUAUGCCGAAACAGACGAUUAUCAAUAAGCACAUGCCAGUUGUCAGUGGAGAAAGUGGUCCUGGAGCGUCGGCUUCUGCCAAUACAAUCGGAAUCGCUGGACGCCAAGUUGACUACAAAGACGUCUCGAUCACGUAUAAAACUCCAACUCCAUCAUAUGCGGAACGAGUUCUUCUUACCUAUAAUGAAGAUGAAGCUCAUUUAUUCAAAGUUCUUCUUCGACAAACCCGUCGGCCAGAACUUGGAGAUAAAUUCUCAUCUCGACACGGACAAAAAGGAGUAUGCGGAUUGAUUGCUCAACAGGAAGAUAUGCCAUUUAAUGAUCUUGGAAUGGUGCCAGAUAUGAUUAUGAAUCCUCAUGGAUAUCCAUCUCGAAUGACUGUCGGAAAAUUAAUGGAAUUGUUAUCUGGAAAAGCUGGAGUAGUGAAUGGAACAUAUCAUUAUGGAACAGCAUUUGGUGGAGAUCAGGUUAAAGAUGUCUGUGAAGAAUUGGCUGCUUGUGGUUAUAAUUAUAUGGGAAAAGAUAUGCUGACAAGUGGAAUUACUGGACAACCAUUAUCUGCUUAUAUCUACUUUGGACCAAUCUAUUAUCAGAAGCUCAAGCAUAUGGUUUUGGAUAAGAUGCACGCCCGUGCCAGAGGACCGAGAGCCGCAUUGACUCGCCAGCCAACAGAAGGAAGAUCACGAGAAGGAGGUCUACGUCUUGGAGAAAUGGAACGUGAUUGUCUCAUUGCCUAUGGAGCAUCGAUGCUGCUUAUUGAGCGUUUGAUGGUGUCAUCAGAUGAGUUUAAGGUCGACGUGUGCACUGGAUGCGGAGUAAUCGGCUCGAAGGGUUGGUGCCAAAAGUGUCGUUCGAGCAAGUCAAUGGCGAACAUUAAGAUUCCGUAUGCGUGUAAGCUGCUCUUCCAGGAACUUCAAUCCAUGAACAUUGUCCCGAGGCUGGACUUGGCCAGAUACACCGAAUAACCUUGUUUUGUAAUUGUUGUUGUUGUUGUUAUGCUUCUUCUUUCCCCUUCCCAAAUCAUUUUUUAAUCUAUUUUUUACUUGUUCCCCGAAAUUUGAACAUUUUUUGUUGUUUUUUUUGUCAUACAUUCAUUCUUAAACUUAUCAUGAAAAUUUUCUAG